AUGGACCUGGAAGCUGGCAUCUUCAGCGUGUCUGUCGAUGGGCUGCCCAAGCUGAGGUUGCUGGAGGAUGUCCGGGAGGGCGAGAUGGUUGAUGGCACUGUGUCUGGCAUUAGCAAUGUCGGCGUCUUGGUCGACAUUGGUUGCGAAAUUAACGCCCUCCUGCCAUGCGGCAAAGAUGACACGUCGAAGCUCAAGCUGCACGAAGAGCUGACAGGCCUCGAGAUUACGAAGGUGAAUGUCGUUCAGCGAAAGGUCACAGUGUCGUUUUCAGGGUUGUCCAAACUAGUUUCAGGGUUGUCCAAACUAGUGCCUGAUCGGCCAGAGCCUCACUCGACGCAGACAGAGAGCGCAAAGCAGAAAAGCAGAAGGCUAAAGGUCAGAACAUUGCGGCCAGACAGGAAGUCGUUAAAGGACUUGAGGGUGGGCGAGACGUUGGAGGGCAAAGUCGUCCGCACGAAGCUGCGUGGGGGGAUUCCGGCCACCUUUGAACUGGAUGCUGGCUACGAGAGGAAUGCGUCUGUUCUUGUCCGGGCAAGUGAUUUGGUGAACGGGCAGAAUGUGACCGCAACGGUAGAGAAGGUGAACUCGGAAACGGGCCUCUUCACCGUGUCCAUUAAUGGGUUGCCCAAGUUAAGGUUUUUGGAGGACUUCGAGAAGGGCGAGAUGGUUGAUGGCAUCGUCUCGAGAAUCAACAGCGCAGGCGUCUUUGUCGACAUUGGCUGCAAGCGAAAGGCCCUCUUGUUAGGCACCAAGGACGUGAGGUCCAAGCUCGAGCCUCGGCAAGAACUGAAGGGCCUCAGGGUCGAGGAAGUGGACAUCGAGCAGAAUCACAUCGCGGUGUCCUGCCCUGGGCUGUCCAGGCGAGUGUCCGGCAGACAGGAGAGCGCCCGUCGUCGCAGAGGCGGGCCCCUCCGGGCUGCUCGCGCGCGGCCGAGGCCGCGGAGGCAGCCCGCGGGGGCGGCAGCGCGGGGCGCGUCAGGAAGCCGCUGA